AUGAGGAUAAAAUUCAUCAUUAUUUACUACCUUCGCUAUGCAUGGGAACUUGCGAAGACCUUUUUACGCUCCAUCAAACUCCUUUUCACCAGUUUGCUGCCAUUCACAGGACUUACCAUCAUCCUCUCAAUCAUCCAGGGCCUGAUCCUUGGUCCAUGGUAUCAUGGCACAGAAGUGGAUCAACUACACUUUCUCAUGAAGGACAUGGUAAAUGUCCAGACAGGCGAAUGGCUCAAAAUGCCUGGCGGCCAAAAUCCACUGUAUUACUCACGGGCACCAUAUUACAUCCCGCAGCUGCAGAAUCCCUUGAAGUGGACAAAAGAUAUAGGGAUCAGCAGGCCCGUUGGCUGGCACACUGAAAAUGCCGGGAGAUUGACUGAAUUCCGAAACUUGUACCGCGCCCGAAGACGAUACUCGGAUGACCCAAGUUGGCAUCACUGGAUCUAUCUCUCCGAGAACAAGCAGCCUUUGAACGAAUCAUGGAAUGAAGAUCCUUGGGAUAAAGCGUUUCAAGAGUUGUUGGAGCAUAGAGAUAAGCAUGAACCAUUAGGCCGUGCCAAUUUCAACUAUCUCACUUGUCGACACAGCUUCCUAUGUGCGUUCUGGUACAUCUCAGGCCCAGCAUUGGUCCACUUUACCAACGAGCCUGUGAACCAGAGUCUGACGGAUAGACCAUCUCGCAAGCGAAUUCUUGAUCCUGUUUCGGUCCGAGUUUUCGAGCUUCCUCUCAAGGAAUCAGUCAUUCCUGAUGCAUUUCCUACCCGUUUCGAGCAAAUGCGAUCCAUCACAGCAAGCAACUCAACCUACUGGACGACAAGGACGGCGUAUUCCAACUUUGAGCAAGUUAGCGGCCAAGCUCGCAAGGUGCUCAAGGGGUACGAGGAGAAAUAUCCUCUGACAUACGGCAUGCUGGCCAAAGCAGAGCACAAGUUGAUAAGACUCAUCGGAGCCGAUGACACAAUUAUCCACCUCGUUCCACAACUUGUCUCGUUCCUCGCUGCAGCUGUUCCUAGUCGAUCUGGUUCACGCAUGUGGAGGGAAGUACAGCUCUGGUGGAGGAAGAGACAGUAUGAGAAGUCCACGAAAGGGAAUGUUCAGCGUGAAACUGAUAAAGCGGCAAAUGACCCUGUGGCGUACCAGCUCCAGUAUAUUUUGGAUAGUAUGACAGAUGAGGAUAAGGAAAAGUUCGGAAAGACAUAUAGAGGAGAAGUUCUAUUAGAAAGACUAAAAAGUGGUUUGGACAAGAAAGACUGGGAUGGCAGGGAGGAUAUCAUAAAGCAACUUGAGGAUGCUUUUGUUCCUUGA